AUGAACGAGGAAACAGGGAGCCACCAGGUGGCUAUUGAAGGAGAAAGGAAAUAUGAAAAUGGGGGGGGAAAUGGAGACGAAGUUGUAAAACUGAACUGCAUCAGCAAGACAGAUGUACUUAUGGGUUCAGAAAAUAUGGACGUAAAUGAUGAAGCUAAUAACGGCAUUUCCACAGUUCAAGAUGAGGAGCGAACUGGUACAAACACAUCCAUAGCUGAUAAUAAUAAGAACACAGAAAACUUCAAUAUUGUUGAAGGUUCUUACCAUUUUUCAGAGAAUACAAUCGGUCUUGUUGCAACAUCAAUAGAAGAAAAUGAAGUUCAUACCAAUGCUACAUAUUAUGAACAAUCAGAAGCAAUUCAGCACAAUGAUCCCGCAAAUGAAGCGAGGAAUAUUCAAGGAGAAGAUUCAAUGAAUCCUAAUAAUUCUACUAAAAAUCUACAAUAUUCUAGCCACUGUACCUCGCAAGACAUAAAUAAAGUAGACAUAGAAACUUCCCAAAAGGAUGAUUAUACGAAUAUGCAUAAAAGUAGUAAAGUGUUGGAUACAACAACACUUGUAAAUGAUUCAUCACAUUAUCACAUUGCGAAGACUCAAGGGAUAUACUCAAAUACAAACACAAAGGUAGAACAAACAGAUGCAGAUGUGAAUACGGGGAGGAAGUCCAACGAGGCAGAGGAAGCUAAGGUUCAAGAAAUGAAUUCAAUGAAAAAUGAAAAAAAUAAAGAUACAAAUGAUAAUCUCAAUGUAAGCAACAAUAAUAUGCAUGCGAAACAGAAGAAUGAAAAGGUAUAUAUGCGUCCAUCAAACACAUACUUAAGAAAUAUUGUUAAAAAAAAAUCGACAAACAUAAAAAAUAGUAUACAUAAUUUAAACUUUGAAAAUGUAAACUCAAUGACAUUCGAUCCACAUUCAUCACCAUCAUCAUUAUCAUCCAUGGGAAGAGUGAUAAAUUUUUUAAAUAAUUCUUCAAAUGAAGGGAAUGAUGAUAUCAUAGCAAAUAAGAAUCUACGUUUACCUAGCGGAUCCGACUUGACAUAUUCUAAUGACAUUUGUAAACAAGAUUUACAUUAUAUAUAUUUACUUCUAAAUGAUGAAUUAACACAAUCAGCAGAAAAUGACAAAGAAAUAAAUAAAGUAAAAGAUGAAAUUAUUACCUUGAGGAAGAACAAUCCAAGUCAGUUACUUACUUUGAAUCAAUGUUAUAAAAGCAUACACUCAAAUAAAAAAUUGAUUGAAGUUUUAUUUUACAUCUUACAAUGUAAUAAUAUGUUACACAAUAAUGCAUCAAAUAUGUUGUUUAACCAUUUCAAGGUUCAUACUGAUUGUUUAGACUAUGAAACGGUUAACAACAUGCAUAAAAUGUGGAAGGAUGGUUCUGGACUUUCAAAAGGAAUCAAUAAUUAUUAUAAUAUGAUCCACAUGCACAAUACAUCAGAUGUUACAGGAGCAGUUAAGCUACAUCAUUUCGAUAUCGACCAAAUUCAUGGUAUAAAAAAUGGAUCUAGAACCGAACAAAUGGGCGAGAAUUAUCUGAUGAACCAGAUGCACACAACUGAUUAUCUAAAUGAAGGGGACGUAAUUCAUCCUGUUCAAAAUUUGGAAGAAGAGAAGAAAAAUCCAUUUCAUGCUAGUGGUAGUACUAGUAGUAGAAGCACAGCCCAUCAUCUGAAUUUUAAAGAUGAAAAAAAUAAACUCCCUAAUAAUAUGAAAGGUAUGUUCUCCAGACCAGAGGAGGAAUGCUCCAUUUCAUGGAAUUUUCAAAACAAGGAAUCAACUAACAUCUUGGGAGAAGUAGGGCCAUAUUUCUCUACGUCUACCAAAUCGAAUAUCACACAUGACACAACAAGCAUCAGAAGGAACAAGACAUAUUUGGAUCAAAAUUUAAAUUUCAAAGAAUAUAAUACCCCGAUGAAUAACAGUGUGAAUAAUAAUAUGUAUGAAUCUUUGAGUACAAAUGAGGUACCUUGGGGCCCUGAAAAGGCGAAUCCACAUUUAACAAAAGUUCAGCAUGUCAGUGAUGCAGCAGUACUUAAUUCAAGUGGGAUGAACUUUAAUAUACAUAACAAUAUAUAUAGUGGUAAUAAUAACAAUAUAUAUAGUGGUAAUAAUAACAAUAUAUAUAGUGGUAAUAAUAACAAUAUAUAUAGUAGUAAUAAUAACAAUAUAUAUAGUAGUAAUAAUAACAAUAUACCUAGUAGUAAUAAUAACAAUAUACCUAGUAGUAAUAAUAACAAUAUACCUAGUAGUAAUAAUAACAAUAUACCUAGUAGUAAUAAUAACAAUAUACCUAGUAGUAAUAAUAACAAUAUACCUAGUAGUAAUAAUAACAAUAUACCUAGUAGUAAUAAUAACAAUAUACCUAGUAGUAAUAAUAACAAUAUACCUAGUAGUAAUAAUAACAACACCUUUGAAUGGUUAAAUCAAAAUAUAGAUACAAUAAGUGCAAUAAAUGUGAAAAAUGAUGUUGAGGAAUACCAGGGGUCUGCAAAAAAAAACAUAUUAGAAUGGAGUUAUUCUUCGGAAGGAUGUAAAGGGGAAAAAAAUCAGAAAUGGAAUAGUAACAAUAUAUACAAAUGUGUAAGUUGUAAAAAAAUGUGCACAUAUGUAUACUACAUUUUAAAACCAAAUAAUAUAAAAAAAAUAUCAUAUGGAGUACUGGAUAAGUGUGUGUGGUGUAACACAUGCUUUAACUCGAGCAAAUAUCCGAAUAUUUUAAACAGAUCUAAUUUUGUUAAGGUAAACAUACCAUAUAAUUUUUCAAAUAAUGAUUGGAAUGUUACAGAAAUGGAAAAAUUAAUUGAUGCUAUUUGUAAAUAUAAAAAUAAUUGGGAUAAAAUAAGCCAGUCCAUUGAAACCAAAAGUGCUUACGAUUGUAUUUACAAAUUUAUUUCGAUGCCUUUAUCGAAUCCAUAUUUUGAUAUAGAUAAUUUACUCAAUAUAAAUAAUAUAUCCUUUAAAUCUUUUAAACAAAAUAAUUCCCUCCUUUCAUUGCUUUCCUUUAUAUGCAAUUACAUCAGUCCAUAUAUUGGAGCCUAUGCUGCCAAAAAAAUAGUAGAUUUUAUUCUGAACAAGCAGCGUCAAUGUGCAUCUGGCAUGAUGCACCAAGGGCUGUGGGACACCCAAGAUUGCCAAGGGGUGAAUGUGAAAGCGGUGGGAGAAAUGGAAGAGAUCAAAAUGGAAGAUAUCAAAAUGGAAGAGAUCAAAAUGGAAGAUAUCAAAAUGGAAGAGAUCAAAGGGGAAGAGAUCAAAGGGGAAGAGAUUAAAGGGGAAGAGAUCAAAGGGGAAGAGAUCAAAGGGGAAGAGAUCAAAGGGGAAGAGAUCAAAGGGGAAGAGAUCAAAGAGGAAGAGAUCAAAGAGGAAGAGAUAAAAAUGGAAGAAACUAAAGCGGAAGAUGUUAAAGAGGAAGAAGCCAAAGUGGAGGAGCGAGGAAGUAACAAAAACGUGGACUCCCAAUCCAUGUACAUCUACCCAAGUGGUGAGCCAAAGGUAGAAGAACCCGUUAAGCACAUUACCCCACAGCUGAUUACUCGUGAAUGUCAUAACGUCGAAUCGAUGGAUAUCGAAAAAGAAAAUCCAAAUGAUCACACAAUCGACCAAAUGGAAACGAAUCCUAUGUGUUCAAACAGCAGGGAUGACGAGCUCGAGGAGGACAUUCUGAAGGAAGAGAAGACAAGGAAUAUCCCCAAUUGCACUGAUGAAUAUAAAAACGGAAUUGGGAAUAUUGCAAAUUUUCCAUCAGUCCAAACGAAUGAUGAACGAGCGAACAAUGAACAAGCGAAUGAUGAACAAGCGAACGAUGAACAAACAAACGAUGGAAAGAGUAAAGAAAGAGCUAUUAAAGAAAAUGAUUCCGUUUCUUCUAACGGAGUAUAUAAAGAAGAAAGAAAUGAUAACGACGCAUGUUUUAACAAUCCGGAUUUCAUACCAUCUAAUAUAAAUCACCCUCUAAAGACAUUUGCACCUUCGACUUAUAUUUUGGACGAAAAAGAUAUGCAGGAAAUUCACAAUACAAUUAUUAAUGCUUCAAAAAAGAGGGCGAAGGAAUUGGCAGAAUUAGAAAAACACAACAUCAAAAAGCUACUCAAAGAACUCGCAGUCAUAAGUAUUAGAAAAGUUAAAUUAAAACUCAAGCAAUAUCAGUACCUCCAAAAUUAUUUUGAAAUUCAAAAUCAGCUAAUGGAACGGAAGAGAGCGCGUAUUAACAGAGAUGAAAAAGGUACACAGGACGAAAGGAGUGUAACAACGCAAAUGAGAGAGAAUGAUGAAACAACUCAAGUGGGAGAACAUGAUAAAACUAUUCAACGGGAAGAGAAUGAUGAAAUGACACAAGAAGGAGAACAUGAAGAACAGUGCUCAAAAACAGAUUCGAAUGGGUAA